UGGAGUGCAGCAUGGUCAGCGACAACUUCUACCCUCAGCCCGGUAUGAGCGGUGCCUAGAGCUCUUGUAUCUUCUUCUCAUGGAAUAUAGGAGGUGUAGAAAGUCACAUGUACCAAUUGUCUACUAAACUCAUCGACCGCGGCCACAAAGUUAUAGUCAUCACACACGCGUAUGCUGGCCGAACAGGUGUACGGUACCUCACCAAUGGGCUAAAGGUCUACUACGUGCCCUUCUUCAUCAUCUACCGCGAGACUGCCUUCCCUACCGUCUUCUCCUUCUUCCCGGUGUUUCGCAACAUUGUCAUCCGCGAACGGAUCGAGAUCGUACACGGCCAUGCCAGCCUCAGCAGUCUGUGUCAUGAAGCUAUUCUGCACGCUAGAACCAUGGGGUUGAGGACCGUCUUCACAGACCACAGUCUUUUCGGCUUUGCUGAUGCCGGAACCAUCCUCACGAACAAGCUUCUAAAAUUCACUCUAAGCGAUGUCGACCAUGUGAUAGGCGUCAGUCAUACUUGCAAGGAGAACACUGUCCUCAGAGCGUCUUUAGACCCCUCUAUGGUCUCGGUCAUACCGAAUGCCGUUGUUGCGGACAACUUCAGGCCCCUCUCGCAAGACUCGCAAGAUUCGAAGCGCCGAACGGCACCCGGCCCUCGACAGCCUCUGGGGCCUGAUGAUAUUAUCACAAUAGUCGUAAUCUCUCGAUUGUACUAUAACAAGGGCACCGACCUACUCGUGGCGUCCAUACCCCGUAUCAUUGCCGCGAACCCCAACGUUCGCUUCAUCAUCGCUGGGAAUGGGCCUAAAGCCAUCGACCUUGAGCAGAUGAUUGAACGAAAUGUGUUGCAAGAAAAGGUUCUCAUGAUGGGUCCAGUGCGCCACGAAGAGGUGCGAGACGUCAUGGUCAAAGGCCACAUCUACCUACAUCCGUCACUCAUGGAGGCCUUUGGCACAGUCAUCGUUGAGGCCGCGUCGUGUGGUCUGUACGUAGUAUGCACUCGGGUCGGUGGCAUUCCCGAAGUACUCCCUACACACAUGACCGAGUUUGCGGCCCCUGAAGAAGACGACAUCGUGGCAGCGACUGGACGCGCCAUUGCAAAAUUACGUGAGGGCAAGGUCAGGACAGACUUGUUCCACAACCAAGUCAAACAGAUGUAUUCCUGGACGGAUGUUGCACAACGAACAGAGAGAGUGUAUGAUGGCAUCAGUGGCGUCAUACGGCAUGACGAGUUCUACCAGGGUGCAGGAGCUGCAGGAGUAUGGAGUGCCACACGUGGUCGGUCUGGCGUACAAAGCUUUGCGCUGAUCGAGCGCCUGAAGAGGUACUAUGGCUGCGGUAUAUGGGCUGGAAAACUAUUCUGCUUGUGCGUCAUUGUCGAUUAUCUGCUUUAUGUCCUCCUUGAGCUGUUCGCACCGCGAUCCAGGAUCGACAUCUGCAAAGACUGGCCUAAGAAGGUGCUCAAGGAAACGAAGGAGAAAGACCUCGAUACUAGAGAUAACGGCGGCCUCUCGAGGAAGAAAAGCAGCCGGUAUCGUCGUGAGAAAAGAGAUGAUCGAGAUGUUAUCUGAUAGCGUUUCAAGCUAUGAAUCGAAUCAUUCCACAACCAGACUCUCCACAUGUUCGUGCAACGCCCUCAAGUUUUCUCAUCCAUUCGAUUGCAUUGUGCCCGAUUUCAAGAUUGGAGGAUCUGCCAGCGCGUUCACAAUUCAGCCGGCCAUGUGCACGGCACCCGGCACGCAAUAAAACAAACUUGCUUGUCUACUUUAUUGGCACCAUACAGUCUUCGA